UUCCAUCUCGAAGUCCAGUGCAACUGAUACCGUACAGGCCAGACUUGCCUCGCAUCGCCUAUUGCCUCGUUUACGCUCUCCUAUCACUUGCGACACGGGCUCCAUUCAGCGUUUGCACUUUCCGUCGUCUUUUUAGUCCUCGUACUUUUCAGCUUGUUACAUAGGUUACGUCCCUUCAACGAGCCGUCGAUUACAGAGCGGCGUACAAAAGAACGGCGUCGCCAUGUCGUUGCAUCGCCAAACACUCCUGCUUUGCCUCACCGCUCUUGCCCUCGCUGCCCCUCUAACAGCACAGGCUAAGACGUACUACGUGGGUGGCGGGUUGAAGCUGACGAAGCGCGGCACGUGGUCGAAGAAGAACCUCAACCCGUGGGGUGUCGGCUUUCAAAAGAGGUGGAGCGCUCCCGCUGAGAUCAAGACUGGCGACCAGCUGGUGUUUAUAUGGAACACCAAGGCGAAUGUGUAUCAGUACAAUGGAGGGGACGAAGGGGACUACGAUGCCUGUCUGAAGAACUCAGAGCGAGGAACGAUGCUCGCCCCCACCUCUCUUUUUGGAAGGUACACUUAUAAGGCAGAGGAGUCAUGUGUUACCCUCUUCUUUGCAAGCACAGUUGGAUGCAAGAAAGGCUUGAAGUUCAAAACGUCUGUUGCAUGUUAGUUGUGCUGCUGCAGGUCGAAACAUGCUAAUGACGAAUAACGUCUAGCAUUCGCCUAACCAUAGCACAUAACAGAGUUGAUUCAGAAUGGCUUAGCUCAUCUCAAAUCAGUGUCAUGUAUAAAUGGUGUACAUGACAAUGUAUUGCAUAGUGAUUGUGAUAUGAAGAGAACUGCUGAG